GGGGGAGAAACCCAAAUUGAUCAAUCCUAGGCUCCUAGCCCACCUUCUACUAAAAAACACAUUUACUUAGUUAACUAAUUGUUACCAAAGUAUCCCUAUUCCCUUGCAAACAAAUGUUUUUGGCUUAAAUUCUAGGGAUCUUAAUUGAGAACGGUUCGCUAGUUAGAUUCUUGAGCAAGAAAACCCGAAGAAUCCGACUCGGACCCAACUCAUACUCAGUUUCGUCCCAAUUUCAGAUAUAAUGGACACUGCUCUUCCAGCAACCACAGAGUCCCUUACGCUGGCUAUGGAAGCGAGCAGUGCUGAGGAGUCUAUUUCCAUCUUGCAGAGAGUGCUCGCUGAUCCAUCUUCUUCACCUGAUACCUUGCGGAUCAAAGAACAGGCAAUUUCAAAUCUCACUGAUCUUCUCAAGCAAGAAAAUAAAGCGGAGGACCUUCGAAUCCUUCUGACACAAUUGAGAUCCUACUUCUCCAUGAUACCUAAAGCUAAAACUGCGAAAAUUGUCCGUGGAAUUAUCGAUGCAGUGGCUAAAAUACCAAAUACAACUGAACUCCAGAUCUCCCUUUGCAAGGAAAUGGUGCAGUGGACUCGUGAUGAGAAGAGAACUUUUCUUCGCCAACGUGUUGAGGCAAGACUAGCGGCUUUGUUGGUUGAGAUCAAGGAGUACUCUGAAGCAUUAUCUCUCCUUUCGGGUCUGAUUAAGGAGGUUAGAAGGCUUGAUGAUAAACUUCUUUUGGUGGACAUUGAGUUGCUGGAAAGCAAGCUUCAUUUCUCUCUGAGAAACCUUCCUAAAGCCAAGGCUUCUCUUACUGCAGCUAGAACAGCCGCCAAUGCCAUUUACGUGCCUCCAGCCCAGCAGGGGACCAUAGACUUACAGAGUGGGAUACUCCAUGCCGAGGAAAAAGAUUAUAAAACUGCUUAUAGUUACUUCUACGAAGCUUUUGAGGCCUUCAAUACUCUCGAGGAUCCCAGAGCAGUAUACAGUCUGAAAUACAUGCUCUUGUGUAAAGUCAUGGUGAAUCAAGCUGAUGAUGUUGCUGGGAUAAUAUCUUCCAAAGCAGGCUUGCAGUACUUGGGCCCUGAUCUUGAUGCAAUGAAAGCUAUAGCCGAUGCUUAUUCGAAGCGUUCUCUAAAACUCUUUGAGGCUUCAUUGGAGAACUUCAAGGCUCAACUAGAAGAAGAUCCAAUUGUUCAUAGGCACCUAUCAUCUUUAUAUGACACUUUGUUGGAGCAAAACCUUUGCAGAUUGAUUGAGCCAUUUUCAAGUGUUGAGAUUGCCCACAUUGCUGAAUUGAUUGAACUUCCGGUUGAUCACGUUGAGAGGAAACUAUCUCAGAUGAUUUUGGACAAAAAAUUCGCAGGGACUCUCGACCAGGGUGCAGGAUGCCUGAUCAUCUUUGAUGAUUUGAAGACGGAUGCGAUCUAUGAAGCUACACUCGAAACCAUUUCAAAUGUUUCGAAGGUUGUCGACAGUCUUUUUAUCAGAUCUGCUAAGAUUAUGGCCUAAGGGUACGUUUUGUACAUCAAUAUAUGCCUGUCUUUGCUCAUGAGUUAAAAGCUCCUGUUUCUGUUGAGUUUUAGAUAUACUCAGUUUGGAUAUUCUCCGUUCAAGUUUAUUUUUAUUCAUUGCUAGCAUUCGAUUCGUAGUUUAUCAAUAUCAUUUGAACAUCUGUGUUUGUGGCGGCUCUGAAUCUCUGGUGGUGAAACUUGACAAUUGCAUUCUACUCGAUUUUCUUUUAUAAACCGUCUGGCUGUUUAGGUUUAGA